CGCGGUGUGAGCACCUCGGACUGACCGUGUGUGCCCAGCAUGGUAACGAUUCCCUCUAAAACGAGAGCAGGGGACUGCCGCUGCCUUCCUCUGCUCUGGUGGCUGUCCUGCUUCUCUGGUACUGGUCCUGAGCAAGCAAACCCCUUGAAGCCUAAGGAAAGAGCAAAAUCUUCCUUAAGAGUAGAAUCUACUGAAGAGAAAAUGGUUGAGACUGAAAGCAAACUUAGGUGUUACAAGUUCAUGCAUAUUCAGAAAAGCUCACUGCUAAUUAAUCAUUCUUAAUUAUCGAGAAGCAAGGAAAAUCUGUCUCCCAUUUCCCCCAUCAGAUUUCUUUUCUGAUUAGCAAAGAGCUAAAAUCAUCUGAACAAGCUAAUAAAGUCAUCCAGGAAGUUGAGCUCAUUUCCAACAGUAGAAUAAAUUCUGUACCUACAAAAGAAGUGAGUUCAUAGGAAGCUGAUGGCAAGCUUUGUUUCCCUAAGUGUUCAAAGCUUUGUUUUUCUUUUUCUAAAAGCACAAAAGAAGUGAUGUCUUAGUGGUUAAAUCAAAACCUCCAUCAUUUUACCCCUAAAAUAUUUUUAGCAAAUUAGAAAUGUUAGGAGUCAAGCCUGCUAGUUUCUGUCUGCAGUGUGCUUGCCUGUGGUCACAGGGAGAUCCUUUAAAGGAUAUAGGUCUAACUGGUGCACCUUUUAAUUGCUUACAUUAGUUUGAUACUCGGGUAACGGAUGAUUCCCAUAUCAUCUUGCUCAAAGACCUGUGGAGAUGUGGAGUGAAUCUUGUAAUAAUGCAAUAAUACUUGUCACUAGAUAUCUGUCUGGAAGCAUAGUGAGGUGUUACUUUGUAUUGUUCUCCAAAGCAGGGAGAUACUUUGUUCUUCAAAAGUUGUUGGCUCAGUUUUGCAUCUACUCUAAAAUUUUUCCAUGUCAAGUACAAGUGCAUGAAGGAGAACAUGGCCUCAAAAGUAGGUGGAGAUAAGUCACAGCCACCACAUUCAGACUGGGAGCAUAGUGUAGGUCUCCUUAAGGUUUUGACUAAGCCUGUUGUAUAACCAAGAGACCAUUAAGAAAACAUGUAUUUGCACACAUCCAUUACUGACCACACACCCACAAGUCAGACCAGGUGUUUAGGUGCCCAUGCAUCUUUGGUAGCAGUCACAUAUAAAAAAAAAGCUGAUUUGUAUUUCCUUACCUAUAAAGGCAAAAAGAUAACGAAGGAUGAUGACGCAGUUUAAAUUAGUAACAAACAGCAAUUUUUCAAGUGUCUGCACUAAGUGGAGUAUUUUCCAUCCCUUUUUCUUUGAAUUCCACUGUUAAGAGUUCUCCACUUCUACUUGUGUUUCCUACUUUGCGAGUGUCUCGUAGAGCUCUGUGAUUACUUUGGCCAGCUAAUUCUGCUCUGAGAUUGUAAUGCAUUAUAUCACCUCUGUAUACAGGAAAGGAACUUCCUCUUUAAAGCGGCACGUUACUAUGUAAGGAGGAUUUCUGAUGGGGCGGAGCUAUUUCUUGAGCAGAUAAAGGCUGCGGGAUUAACAGCCCUCUCAGACUGCGAUCAGCAUGAACUGCAGCCUGCCAGACGGAGCGCUGCUCCACUAUACGAUGGAGGGACGGCGGCACAGGCUGUGCCUACAGUCUCUUUGGGACUUUGUCGCAGCAAAGGAGCCAUUGAUCAAGUCACCAUUUUUUCCAGUGCUGUUUUCUUUUACAGCAUACAUGGCUUUCUGUCUUCCGUAUAUUGCACUGGACUUCUUAAGCAUUAGACUACGAAACUUGAGAAAAUACAAAAUCCAGCCGCAGAACUAUCCAACGCUUGGAAUGAUGGUGCCUUGCAUUAUUCAAAGUGUGUAUCACCAUGUUAUGUUGAUCUUCCCAGUGACAUUUCUCCACUGGUACUGGAGACCAAUGAAUCUACCAGUGAUAGCUCCAGCGCUGCCUGAGGUCCUGCUGCAAGUAACAGUUUGCCUGCUGCUAUUUGAUUUUGAAUAUUUCCUGUGGCAUUUGCUUCAUCACAGGGUGCCUUGGCUCUACAAGACCUUCCACAAGGUGCAUCACAAGCACGUGUCGACGUUUGCCCUUACUACACAGUAUUCCAGUGUAUGGGAGUUACUCUCACUGGGAUUUUUUGCUGCUAUUAACCCACUGCUCCUUGGAUGCCAUCCUUUGACAGAAAUGAUUUUCUUCCUUGUAAACAUUUUUUUGUCAGUAGAGGACCAUUCAGGAUAUGACCUUCCGUGGUCAACUCACCGACUUGUACCUUUUGGUUUGUAUGGAGGAGCACCACAUCAUGAUCUCCACCAUCUGAAAUUCAAAUCAAACUAUGCUCCUUAUUUCACACACUGGGACAAACUCUUUGGGACAUUCACCAAGUCACAUUCUAAUUAAGAAUGGACAAACUCAUAUUUUUUAUAGACUGAACUGGGACAUUAUUUUUUUAAAGACAUACAGAAGAUUGUAUAUUUGAAUCUGCCUGUUAAAGCAAUAGCUAUUUAUAACAAAGCCUCUUAAUAUAUGUGUAUUUGUAUGUGUACUUGGAACUGCCUGUGUUAAAUGACUGCAAAUGGGGAGGUGAAUAUCUGUUGCUUAAAUCUGAGUCAAAGGUUUAAGGGAAGCAUUAAGAGACAUUCUCUCUUUUUUCCUUCUUUCCAGCUUUCAUAAAGCAUGUAUCAUAUUACUGUAUGAUGUUUUAUACAUAUGCCAGAACAAUUAUCUUACUGUUGUAGGAUGAUUUAUGAUGUAAACAGAAAAGGUACACAUCAUGGAUUUUUGUAGAGUUUAAUCUGCCAGAGCAUAAUAUUGUAAAAUAUUGCUGCCAAACCAGGGUAGUUGGCUAACUGUGCAAUAAUUUUCAUAUUUAUAUUUUCAACCUUGAUGUACUGUCUGUUUUUAAUAGAAAAUAAACAUGGUCAUUCUUUUAA